ACCCCCGGCGGGGAGCAGGGGACUCGGUUUGAUGCCGUGUUGGAGGAUGUGCAUGAAGACAGCAUGAAUGCCAGAUCUCUAGUGGGGAAACUCUCCUUGGCUUUUUUCCAGUGGAAAAACCUGGUGAUAUUGCUGUUUGUGGCAGGUCUGUAUGUGCAGAGCCUAUACUACUCUGUGAUGAAGUCACGUGAUAGUCAGGCAGGGAAGCGCCUUGGUGCUUGCAGGAGACGCUUUGUGUGGAGAAAACCUUUUCUUGGAAGGUUUGAAUCUCACUGGAAGCCUUUCCUGACCACCAAAUCCUUAUACUCACUUAUGGACAGGCCUUUUACAAGAGAGCUUGAAAAAGUUCUAUGGCUCCAUAAACUUCCUUUUGGGCUACAGAGCUCAGUUCUCUCUGCUUUUGCCACAUUGCAGCUUCUUCCACAGCAGGAGUUGCCUGAACCCUUUGAGCGCUUACAGUGCCAAAGGUGUAUUGUGGUCGGCAAUGGGUACUCCAUCCAUGGCCAACACUUUGGGAAGAUGAUCGACUCUCACCAUGUUAUCAUAAGAUUAAAUGAUGCUCCAGUAAAAAAGCACAAGAAAGAUGUGGGUGAGAGAACCAGCAUCCGUCUCUUCUUCCCUGAAUCGGCUCUGCCCAACCCUCUGGAAAACAAUGACAAUGAGACACUGAUGGUGUUUGUCCCAUUCAAGCCACUGGAUUUCCUCUGGCUGAGGGAGGUAUUGCUGAAAACAAGGAAUAAGACAAAGGUGGGGUUUUGGCGCCAGCCCCCUUGGGAAUGGAAUGGGAAUGUCUCCCACCUACGUAUUCUCAACCCAUAUGUCACCUAUGAAGCAACGUACAAACUCCUGCAGUUGAAAACGUGGAGUAGGAGAUACGCCACCACGGGAAUCAUUGCUUUGAACUUAGCCCUCCAUAUGUGCCAAGAGGUCAACAUUGCAGGCUUUGGUUACCCUGGCAACCAUGACAAUGCUACGCCAAUACAUUAUUACAAUAUGGGUCGCUCACGGGAAAAAGAGCUGUUUCAGCACAACCUAACUGCUGAGAGGAACUGGCUGCUGAAAAUGAUCAAGCAGGGGGUGAUUGCUGACAUAGCCAACCCUUCCUUCCAGGCCCAAAACCACUGAGAUGCUGCUUGCUGUCCUCCUGCAGACACUGCUGGCUGUCCCAGCUGGGCGUUGCCUUUGUUCAAGGUUUUUUUUUGAGCAGAAACAUCCUGUUCCAUGUGGGGUGGGAGAUGAACCCUGGGAAUGAGAGCACUUGUCCUUUCCGCUGCUGGCCUCCAGCUUUCACCACUGCCUGCUGUGGUGGAGGAUGAGAUGUGUCAUACAAUGCUUCUGCCUUGGGUAAUCCCCUCCUGUUUUGGAGAUGGCCAUCCUUUGCUUGCUGGUUAUUUGUAUAAAGCACCCAACUGGGAUGCUAAGUCAGUCCCCAGCCCCUGGGUAAGGGAGGGUGACAGUGCAUUGUGCGCCUUGGGAUUUCAAACUCCUUCCUAAGCAGAUUGGAGUGAGAGACCCAGCAGUUUGGAAAAGGACUGGGCUGAACACUCAGAGAUUUCAGUCUUACUAAUUGUUGGGAAAUGUUCAUGUCUGCAGGAUACACUGAGAAAGUGGGAAUUUUUGUUUUUCUGUUUGAGAAUAAAAAUGCUUCUGAUUUCGA